AUGUUGCUCCGAGGGAUUGCAUUCGCGGAAGCAAGACGAAAUUCCGCUAGACGUAUUUUAAAACCUCAAAAUUCCGGUUGCGAGAAGGAUAACCCUGAAUUGAUUUACGAUGGAGUCUUCCAGCGUAAUUUGGAAUCAAAGGCAAAUAUCUAUACACAAUCAAUUAGCGAAUGUAGUUCGUCUACUCCUCUUGAAGGUGAGGCGAUAUCCUUCGUCGCCACAGCGUCCAAGCUGGCCGCCGUGGAGGAUGCGGCUCCGAAGGGGCCCGAGGCUUCGAUUCGAUCGAAAGUCUCGCCCACGGCAAGGGCCGCUCUGCAGGCCCUUCGAACACCGAGGAACAGAAUAUCGAGUCCUCUUACACCUUCUCCACCGAUAACCAAAGACGUUGAAACCAUCACUGAAAUAAAAUGUAAAUCUAUUGCAGAAGUGUGCAGCGGAGGUGAACUACCAGAAGUUGAAAUCAUCAGUUUGCUAGAAGAACAAAUUCCACGAUACCGUCUGCGAGCCGAUACUCUAACUCAGUUUCAAGGAUACGAAAACGCUGAUUGGUUCAUUCCUUCACCGGCCCUAAAAUCAGUUGACACUGACUUAAAAUUGUCACCGGACCAAAUCCGGGAGACUCUCAAUUAUUUCAGUAAGUUAUUCUUUAUAUCAGUCUUCUCUUAGUAUUUCUUAUAUUCCAGCUUUUUCCGCAUUAAACAUGGCCUUAUAUAUAUAUGUAUAUAUAUAUAUUACAUAUAUAUAUAUAUUACAUCAUAUAUAUAUAUAUAUUACAUCAUAUUCUUAUAUGGCGGUUGGUAACAUUAAAUGUUAUGAAUCUUGAUUUAUUAAAGAAAUGGUAAUUUUACAAAUAAUAUAAUAAGGGAAGGAAUCAGUGUUUUAAUGGGUUGUUUAAUAAAAAAUAGCAAAUUUUCUUCGCUAUUCUUUCAAAGAUCUCGUGCAGAAAUUUACAGUCAAAAGACUACGCCCCAAUUCUUAAUUUUCCAAUAUUGGAAUUUUCGCACAGAAGAUUGUGAAUUGUUUAUCGUCUUAAAUCAUACUUAUAAUCAAUUUUUUUUUUUAUCGAUAAGCCAAUAACUUCAACGAUAAAAUUCUACUUUUAUCGUUUUUUUGUUACCACUCGUUUGCGAUAAUAUUUUUAGAACAUUGAUAUUACUCAUUCAUUUAUUUCUUUGAAUAUUUUAUUUUCAUGUUCCGCUAUUUUUUAUUUUAUUUGUAAACACCUGUCCAAAUUCACUGAAUUACUAUUUCAUAUGUUUAUGAGUAAAAGUAUGUAUAUUGUUCAGGUCUUUUCUCUACUUAUUUUUAGCUUUUUAGAUUCUUUGGUACCUUACUUCAUUCCUAAAAUAAAACUUCGUUUGAGCAUUUUCCACUUCACUGAGAUUUUUUUUUUUUCAAAUAUAUAUGGUCUUUUGAUUGAAAACAAUCAAUGUAUUGAAUAAGUCACAUGCAAAAGGUAUUUUUAUGUUACUCUCAAAUGUUGCAGAACAACUGUGAUCACAAGUAUUUUAAAAAAAGUAAUAAUUUAUUGUAAGAAAGAAACAUUCGUUUCUAAGGUUAUAUAUACGGUUUUAUCAGUAAAUUUAUAUCCAACUAAUAAAUCAAUAUUUUUUAUUAUAUCAAUUCUUAUAAUCUGUAUACAUUCGUUACGAAAAUCCGAAUAUCUUCAUUUAGGUAUUAGUUUUUUUGUCUUGCAAUGUAGGAUUUGAAUAAAACAUCCAUUUUACUUUUGCAACGAAAGUACUUGAAUUAGAUACUCGAAAAUACGUUCUUUUAAGUAUUUAAAGUUUUACGACUCGAUUAUACGACUCGAUAAUAACAAGACACAUGCAAUUAGGCGCUCAUUUGUUGAGUAGCCAAUCGUAAGAGCCAGAAGGAUUCUUAGCCAAUCAGAGCGCUCGACCCAGCAGUGCUUUGCUGGAACAUCCAUAGUAGUGUGGUUUAGUCGCCGCUCGUCCUACGCGUUGGACGGGUGAUGUGCGUCUAUGUCAUUAUAUUGUGUAUAAAAAGAAUUUUCCUAAUCUUUCGGUAAACGAACUAACUUACCUUCUUUAAUGCAGUGUUUAUCGAAGGAAAGUGAACUAGUUCCUAAGAAGUGGCAAUCGUAAGUGAGGAUUAUGUGGUGAUAUUUUAUUUCGUGUUCUUCGUAUUACACGAAAUCUACUGCAUUAAUUUUUUUUUGCUCACAUCGUUACGAUGUACGUAUAUAACAUUUUACAUAAUGUUAUACAUAAAUUUCCGUUGAAACGAAUCGUAGAUACUUUUCGUAAAUCAAUGCCGACAGCGAAAAUUCGACGCUCUGCUUAUUUAUAAAUUUUUGCCCGAUUGGAAACUCGGGAUUAAAGUUUCUUUCGGCGUUUUAUUACACAUUUCAUAUGCCAUUUCGAUGAUAACGUGACGCCAAGUUUUAAUAAUAUUUUAAUUAUAAUGCAGCUUUUUAUUUUAAGCAUAAUGCGGUACAUGUUAUAGGUAAUGUUCUUCCACUAUUAAAUUCGAUAAUACUAUCGAACACAAAAAUAAAAAGAUUUGAUUAAUUUUACAUUUUCAUAAUGAAAAGAUUUGUCACAAGAUUCUUAAUUACAAUUGUAGUAUUACAUUUGAAUAAUAAAUUAAUAAAACUGCAAAAUAUUUCUCCAAUUUAAGUCGGCGAUAUAUAUUAGCGAUAUAUUUUGAUUAGGUUAGGUUAA